AUGGCGGCAAAUGCCCUGUGGGGGUGGUUACAGCAGUGGAAAUGGAGCAACAGGCAGCGCAGAGGUAAACUCAUUUGGGCUGUGGAAUUCUGGCAAGAUAUUGCUGCUCGAGUACAGAACAUGGUUGUGAAAGUAUGUCACAUAGAUGAUCAGGGGCGGCCGCCGGCGGCGCCAGGGGGAGGGGAGGGCCGGGGAGAGACGGGGAGCGGCGGCGCCGUGGAGGAGCCGGGCGGCGGCGAGAACAGCGGUAGCCGGGAGUCCGUGGUGGAGGGCUCUGAGACGGAGAGCGAUGUGGAGGAAGAGGAGUUCCGCUGGAGGAGGUGGUUGCCUUUUCUUAGUAACGUGGCUUUAACUACUGACAUAAGAAUUACUGAAGGAGCUUGCUCUCCAGAAAUCUCUUUUAUACAGAAAUUUUAUGACCACACAUACAGUGAGAAGGAAGAGCGGAUAAAUCCAACACCUCAAGAGGCAUAUGUAUCUGACCAGUCUCAGUCUCUGAUGCAGGGUUGGAUAAAGUGUCUGUCACAUACUGAAGAUAUUUCUAAGCCUGGUUUUUCACUAAAUGCUGCAGUAGAGGGACAGCAAAAUAAUUCUGUAGAUACCGAAUUGAAUGGAUUUCAGAAAGAUUUGGAAGAAAAGCCUGUGAGUGAUCAGCAGAGAGAGAAAGAAGUAAUUCCAGAUUACUGGGAUGCCAUUCCUAGUGAAAAGCAAACUAGUGAAGGAAGUUCACAUUCAGUGGAGUCUGCAGCAUGUGCAUAUACAGCCCAAACAACAUCAAGGAAAGUGAUGCAGUUGAGAGAGACCUCAAGAAAGCACAGAGAUCUUGUUUCCAGUCAUUGCCAAAUACUAGAAGAGACUCAGCAGAGGAUGUCUCACAGUGGCAGGACGACAGGGAGCAAAGCUAAGGAUUUUGAUAAAAUUCAGAAAUCUACUUCUAAAGACAAGCAGGAUCUAGAAAUCAACAUAUGCCAAAAAAUAAAUCUGAAUGAGGUUAGAAAAGCUCAGCAGAGAAGAAGGAGCAUGAGGAUCAAAACCAGGCAGAGACAAGAAGCCUUUGGUAGGAAUUCUGUAAAAACUGCUUGCCAUGUUUCACUUUCAGCAAUCAAUAGGAGGAAUGUUUAUGGUGAGACCUUACUGCAUAAAGCUGUUACUCAUCAAGAUGUACACCUUGUACCUAACAUAAUAAAAGCUGGUGGAAAUGUAAAUGUUCAGGAUUAUGCUGGCUGGACUCCACUACAUAAAGCAAGUGUGAAAGGUUUUUAUGGGAUAGCGAAUGAGCUUUUGAAAGCAGGAGCUGAUGUUAAUGCUAGAGGAAAUGAACAAAUAACACCAUUGCAAGAUGCAGUUGAAGAAGGCCACUAUAAGGUGGCAGAGUUAUUACUUUGGUAUGGAGCUGAUCCCUUAUUAAAAGAUGAGAUGGGAAGAUGUGCAUUCAAAGAAGCUUCUGACUCGUCUAUGAGGAAACUGCUUAAAAGCUAUUUAGCAAAAUCCAGAAGAAAUUCACUAUCAGCAGAUGAAGGAGUGUUUGGUGGAGGAGGUGGAACAGAAGGCACUGAAAAAAAUGGAGAAGAAGGAGAUGCAAAGUCCAGUGUGCUUUCACAGUUUACCGAAACAGAAUACAUCCAAACAGAAGGAGUAAGAUUAGACUCUCAGGAGCUAAGCCAAAAAGCAGCCUCAUGUUCCAGUAGCAACAAAAUCAAGCUUUCAUCUAAUCAGUCACAAUUCAGUCAAGCAACAGAACAGCAAACGUCCAAGAAAUCAGAAUUCUUCCUGUCUACCAGAAAAGAAGCUCUAAUUGGUACCUAUAAUACAAGAUCUGGGAGAAAGAAGAAAAAGAAAAAUACAAAAGGGGAAACUCAGCUGCAUAUUGCUGCUAGGAGAGGAGAUCUGUCUUUGGUGAAAACUCUGAUAUCAUCUGGAAUUUGUGUUAAUGAACAGGACUAUGCAGGUUGGACAGCAAUUCAUGAAGCUUCCUGUGGGGGAUUUACUGAAGUGAUUUUAGAAUUACUGAAAGCUGGUGCUAAUGUUAACAGCAGAAGUCUGGAUGGUAUUUUGCCAAUACAUGAUGCUGUUUCUGGCAAUUAUUUGGAGGCAGUCAGGAUUCUACUACAGCAUGGAGCAAAUCCCUGUGAGAGAAAUGGUUCAGGGAAAAGUGCUUUGGAUGAAGCUUGUGAUGAUGAAAUGAGAGAACUGCUGAACUUCUACAGUGCUAUGGACUCUGUACUUCCUGUUGAGACUACUGAAGUUACAAAGAGAAAACGUCCUUUUAGGUCAAGAUCAAAACGUCAUUGUUGCAACUACUGUAAAAAUGAUGCAGCUUUGGAGCCACAAGAUGGGAAAUACAGUGUGGAAACUGUUGCUGCCAUACAAGCUGCAGAAGAGGAGCAAAAAGAGCUGCUGCUACUUGAAUUGAGAACUUCCAAAGAUGCAGAUCUGUAUAUCCAAAGGCUGUUUCAGAUACAAGAUACUUUGAAUGAAAUGCUUGCAAAACAGAAAAUGGAAAGGGAUACCCUUGCCAAAAAAUGCAGGGCUUCAGUGCAAUCUUUUAAAAAAGGAUCAUUGAGGAAGCAAUUAGUUAACCUUGCUUCUAGGCAAAAGGGUCUGUUGAUGGUGGUCCAGACUCAGGAAGAAUUAGUCCAGAAAAUACAAAAUUACAGAAAAGCAAUGCAAGUAUUCAGUGCAUCAUGUUCAGAGAAGCAAAUCUCAAACUUAAUUAUUUCCUAUGGAAAUGAUAAAAGACAAAGUUUAACUGCUGAUGAAAUCAUGUAUCCUGAUGUAGUUACAUUUAAUGUGGGGCUUGGUGCCAACAUGCCUAAUGGAAACAGAGUAGAAGCACAUCUCUCUUCAGAAGAUAGAUUUUCAGCUCAGGAAUGCAGCCAAUAUCCACACAUCUGCUUGGAUGAGACAGGAGCAAAUAAAGCAGGAAUUAGAAGCAAAGAGGCUUCUGAUCAUCCCUUGGCAUCUGAAAACAGGGUAGGAGAAUAUCCCUUUGACAUGUCAAAGCUGACAAAAACUGUAAAAGUGGUGAUGUUGCCUUCAGAACCUGCUGUUCCCACUGCUAAAACAAAGUACUUAGAGCAAAAAGACAUUGAUUGUGUUACAAUUGCAAAACAAGGAAAUGGGUCUUUAAAUCCCUCUUCAGUGACCAACACAUUAAAACUUGUAGAACCCCGAAGCACUGUUGUCAAUAACAAUGUCGGUCAACCAGGCAGCAACUGCCAGCAGGUUCUUAGAGAUGAGGAUCUACACAGCUAUGUAAAUAAGAAAGAAACUUUCCAGCAGCAGCAGCAAGUAAUAUCGUCAACCUCUACAAAGAACUUCCCUGAUACUCUGCAGCGAAUGAUCUGUACGAGUACUGAGAACUCAUUUAAUAACAACUUGGUGCUUACAAAUCUUACCUCAAAUACAGAUUAUCCAAUAAACUUCAGUGUGAAAUCAUCCCAGAGCUAUAGUAAUCAGGAACGUGAACAAAAACAAGUGAUGCAUAGAAGAACAAAUAGCAAAAAGCUUCAACUGAUAGAUCUACUUGAAUUGGGAAGGAUUAAGCCAGGAGAAAAUGUUUUAGAAUUCAAACUGCAGGAAUUUAGUUACAAAGCCACGCUCUUAAGUAAUGGCAAGAUCAGAACCAGUAAGAGAACAGUACUGCAAAAUCCAGUUCAGUGGGUUAAAGACCUACUAGGAGGUGAUAUUUCUGUGACACGAAAGUAUGUGUGGAAUAAGGUUACAUAUCUUGGGACACAGUUGUCAAAAUUUCUUUCUGAAGAAGUGUCAGUUUCUAGUGACCUGGAAUUACCAUCACAAGAAAGAGAGCCUUUGGGAAGAAAUUUUACCAUGAGGGACCCCAGCAACCACAACCAUCACCAUCAGAGUCCUGGCACUGUCUCCAUUGCUCAGCCUCUUGGAAGCUUUGGCCUGAAUAAUAUGCCAAAAACCUCAUCCCUGCUGCAAACCGAAGUUGUGAAAACAUUGCUAUGUGCUGAACGAGAAGCAGCUUUUACCAAGGAAUUUAAAACAGGCUCUUCUGUCCAGUUCAACUCAGUGGAAAGUUUGUCACGUUUUCUUCAAUUCCAUGAAGUAGUAAUGGUAUGUAAAGAGGAGUUUCUACCAUGUCCUGUAAUGGAAAAGCACUGGAAUUUCUACAAAGCAUGUGAAGAUUUUGGAUUCUAAAGACUUCUUGAGUGCUAACAUUUUUUUCUUCAUCGUCACUUAAAAGAAAACAUAUAAGCUUUUAGAACUAAGUGCUUUGUUACUGUCAUUUUGAUAAAUCAUUUGCCCAGCACUUGGAAUGGACUGAAGGAUUGUUUGGGUAAAUGAGGAACAGGGGAGUAGCAGGUGAGGGUAAUUGUCAGUAUUAAAUUUUGUGCUGUGAGAUUAAGAAAUGGGGAAGUAGAUGAGGAUUGUUAUACACUGGUACUUACUGUGAAUUAUAUUCCAGGUUGAUAACUUCAUUUGAAAUUCCACUGACUUCAGUGGCUGCCGAUGCUUGAUGGGGCAGCCCAGAACCAGAUUGGUAUUGACACCAAGAGUUGCUUCCUGCACCUAAAGCUGGAGCCACUCUGCCUGGGCAUGUACUAUCAGAAAUAGCAGCAUGUUUGUGUAAUAAUAUAAGCUGUUAGGUUAGGCAAAAAAUCAAGAUGGGCAGCUUUGAAAAUCACCAGCAGAUUUGCUUUAUGUGGUUUGGAUAUAUACAAACAUUUGAGAAGGGGACGGGUGCUGGGAGAAGUUACAAGAGGAAUCUGAGCCAUUGGAAGUGAUCAGGGAAAUUCCAUUCAUGUCCCAGCCAAGUCUUUCUGAUAGACAGAAUAUGUGCUGGCAUAUGACAAUAAAUGCAGUUAGCUUGUUUGUGGAACAUGAAUUUUUCCAUUUAACAACAUCUUAGAGAUUCAUCCUGAUCUCUGGAGGAUUUAUAUUUGUUUUAAUUUUACAAUGUGUGAACUGCCUUGGUAGCGUAUUUAUAACACAUUUGACUGUCAUGAGAGUUAUUGGCAUUCAAAUGGCAUUCUUGCUUUUUCGUUCUCUGGAUUAUAAAAAGAGAAGAAAUAAUAGCACCUGCUACUCCUAAUUUCAGUGAAUGGGAUGAGAAAUAUCUCCUGUCAAUACAUAACAGCCUCAGCUAGCUAUUUGGAGUGCGAAGAGCUAUUCUGCAGAGAUCUGAUUAGCGUCUUAAACAGAAGGUGGUUUAGGGAAGAGUGGGGGGUCUGAUGUGCAGGGAGCUAAUACUGUGCCCCAGGAUGUAUGAGCAAUGGUAGCCUGAUGGGCUGUAAGGAUAAAGAAAUGCACACUGCCUGGAAGUCAAAAAAGUUAAAGGCUACUGAGUGACAGGUAGUUUCUAAAGGUCAGUUUCCACACAGAAAGAAAAUGGAGCAAUCUCACAGAUGUUGCAGCAAAACAAACCUGAAGGUGUAUUGGUUUAAAGGAAAUGUUCGUUCAAAUAUUACACUUCCACUUUCACUGAAAAGUGAAAGACUUUUGACUGUGAAAAUGACUACUGAAUUACUUAAACGUUUGUGUGACAUUUUUACUUUGUUACAAGAUGUUUAAUAAAAUUAAUGUAUGAAAAC